AUGACUUCUAACAGACUAGAGAACGAGGACCACAGCCGUGAUGCUGCUUUCAAUAAGGCAAUGCACGGGAAGUCUUCAGAACUUAAGGGUGGUUUCUCUGCCAUGCUUGGAAAGGAUAAGGAAGCCCAGAACGCGGCGGUUGAUGAGUACUUUAAGUUCUGGGAUGGAAAGGGCGCUGGGAAGGAGACGAAGGAAGAUAUGAAGGAACGUGUUGACAGCUAUGCCACGUUGACAAGACACUAUUACAAUCUUGCCACAGAUCUCUAUGAGAACGGCUGGGGCCAAUGCUUCCAUUUCUGCCGUUUUUAUGAGGGUGAAAACUUCUACCAAGCCAUUGCCCGCCAUGAGCACUACCUUGCACACAGGAUGGGUCUCCGCGAGGGAAUGACCGUUCUUGAUGUGGGUUGUGGUGUUGGUGGACCUGCUAGAGAAAUUACAAGGUUCUCAGGAGUCAACAUUGUUGGAUUGAACAACAACGAUUACCAGAUCGACCGCGCAACUAACUACGCAAAAAUUGGGGGUUUGGCCGAUAAGCACAAGUUUGUCAAGGGUGACUUCAUGCAGAUGUCGUUCGAGCCCAACACAUUCGAUGCUGUCUAUGCAAUUGAGGCAACUGUCCAUGCUCCCUCCCUCGAAGGUGUCUAUGGUCAGAUCUACAAGGUUCUCAAGCCAGGUGGUGUUUUUGGUGUGUAUGAAUGGUUGAUGACCGAAGACUACGACGCAACAAAUCCCCGCCACCGUGAGAUUUGCCAUGGAAUUGAAGUCGGUGAUGGUAUCUCCCAAAUGGUUAAGAUCUCUGAGGCCAUUCGCGCCAUUAAGGCUUGUGGGUUUGAAUUGGAGUUCCACGAGGAUCUUGCGCAGAGGCCCGACGUUAUCCCUUGGUAUUACCCGAUUGCUGGUGAUCUGAAAUACGCUCGCUCUUUGGGAGACUUCCUUACUGUUCUCCGCAUGACCAAAGUUGGCCGCGGCCUUAUGCACAAGUUUAUCGGUGGUCUUGAAACCGUUGGUGUCGCUCCUGCCGGUACACAGAAGACCGCCGAUGCCCUUGCAUUGGCUGCGGACUCAUUGGUGGCUGGUGCCAAGGAGAAUCUGUUCACUCCUAUGUACAUGAUGAUUGCCAGGAAGCCCUUAAACGCUUAA